AGUUGACAAAACACACAUAUUUUUCGGAACACAGACAAUUUCGAUUCACCUUGAAAUUAUUGCCCGAAAUUGAGAUGAAGUUUAAGAGAGUUUUCGGCUUUGGGCUUGGCAGCGGCGGCGGCGGCUCACGUGGGCAGCGUUAGACAGCAAGCCGCCGGGUGAUAUGCAAAUGACACCACGCACAGAGAAAGACAGAGAGGGAAAGGGAGAGGGAGAGACACCUGCUAGAGGGGCAGCAUCGAUGUUGUCUUAUCAGCAACAUCAACAUCAACGUCAACGUCAGCGUCAGCGUCAAUGGCCACGGUCACUUCAUUUUCAUGCUAAUUAGGAAUUUCGGAAUUUCGGAAAUGCAGACGACACCAAAAGACGUUGCAACGUUACGUUAAAGGGGCUUUACGAAAUGUAGCAUAACUGGAAACUGGAAAUUGAACAACGUUAUGAAAAUGGAAAUUGAAAUUGAACUGGAAAUGGAAAUGAAGUACUAACUGGGUGCGGUGUGCGGCCCAAUGAAAAUGAAAAUUAAUAUGAAAAUGAAAGCGACGGCGGCAACUUCUAUACAAGCAGUAUUUGCAUCAUCUUCGAUGAUCAUGAUUAUCAUGAUGUUCACAAUGAUGAUGAUUACGAACUGGCCCUGGCCAUUGCAAAUGUUAAUGAAAUGCUUUUGUUUAGCUCCACCGUCUCAGUCUCAGCCCUAACGACAGCCUCUGCGUCUGCGUCUGCCUCUACGUUGAUGUUUGGGCAGGGCUAGUUCAAAAGUUUGGGAUGCGUUGCGUUGUCUUGGAAUUGCGUUGCUAAUUUCGUAUCAUGAAGCCCAUCAUGACCAUUGGUUACAGCAGCUGUUGCUGCUGCUGCUGCUGCUGUGGAUGGUUACAACGCAUUGGGAUGGUAUAAAAGCGUGCCACUGCCCGUGGAUUGACAUCAGUCGUGUUUGAAGAGCACACAAUACGUAGAAUUUGGCAUUAGAGUCAUCGUCGAGCCCAAGCAGGAAUAGUAGUCAACAUGAAGGUCUUUGUGUGUCUGUGUGCGCUUUUUGCUGUGGCGAACGCUGGUUUUCUGGGACUAAUCGGCGGCAGCGGUGGUGGUGGCGGUGGAAGCGGCAAGUCAGGCUUCAGUCUGGGAGGUGGUAGCGGUGGUUAUGGCGGCGGAUACGGCGGCGGUUAUGGCGGCGGCCAUUCGCAUGGACAUGGAUCCGUGCAAGUGGUCAAAGUUAUCCACCAACAGGGUGGCAUCUCUGGCGGUGGCUACUCUGGCGGUGGCCACUCUGGCGGCGGUGGCUAUGCCGGCGGCUACAGCUAUGGACCCGCACCACAGGUCUACAAGGUGAAGGUUAUCUCUGGUAGAUCCGCUGCUCCAGCGCCCAUCUACCAUAACAGUGGACCCGCCUCCGUCAAAGUAAUCAAGGUCUUGCACCAAGAGUCAGCAAAUCUGGGCGGUGGUCAUUCCGUUGAGAGCGGCCCACAGGUUAUCAAGGUCUUACACGAAAACCAUGACGCUGGUCACCAUAUUGCCGGUCCCUCUGUGCAUGCGCCCACCAAGGUGGUGCGUGUCAUUCACGAGCAUGCUUCAGUUGCUGCCCCAGCUCCAGUCUACGGUGCACCAGCACCAGCUCCUAUCUACAGUGCACCAGCGCCGGCUCCAAUCUACAGUGCACCAGCUCCGAUCUACAGUGCACCAGCCCCAGCACCAAUCUACAGUGCACCAGCCCCGGCUCCAAUCUACAGUGCGCCAGCUCCGGCUCCAGUUUAUAGCGCACCCGCUCCGAUUUACAGUGCACCCAUUGCAGCUCCGGCACCAGCGCCCGUUUACAACGCACCCAUUGCCAGUGGUCCUGUCUACAGUGCACCACAACCCAUUUACAGUGCCCCAGCACCUGCUCCGAUUCAGUAUACCGCCCAUGCUCAAUCAUCCGCUCAGGCUCAAUAUAGCGCCCCAGCUCCGAUUCAGUACAGCGCUCCCCUACAAGCACCAUCGCCUGUGCUCAGUGUUCCCGAAUCUGCACCUGCACCAGCAUUCAGCCAAAGCCCAGUUUUAAGCUUGCCCGCGCCCGUCGAAGAGCAAGCUCUGCCCAUCGGUCAUGCACCUGCCCAGACCUAUGGCCCACCUCACUUUUAAGUAGAAAUCCACAACAGCAGCACCUGCACCAUCCGCACCCACACCACAAAACACCACAGCACCACUGGAGGCGUCCACAAUUACCAAACCAGCACAUGCACAUGUACAUGUGGUUGUACAUCGAAGACCUCCAAGCCUAUGACUUCUACCUCUAUCGACCUAUUGGCCUAUUCCUGUGUGCACCAAACUCUACGACUCCAUAAGUUAUUUUAAUUUUUUUUUUUAAUAGAUAAUUUUUUUUGUAUGUUUGAAAAAAAUAGAAAAUAAACCGACUGUUAAACGAAAA